GGCCCGUUCUCUGCACUGCAUACUACUGCUACCAUGAAUGCCUGUGUGAUCGCUGUGCUGUGCCUCCUGGGUGCCUUGGCUGUCCUGGUAGAAGGGGUCACUGUGCAGGAUGGAGACCUCUCCUUUCCUCUGGAGGCAGUGAAACAACUUAAGGAUCUCCGCGAGGUACAGGAGCCCAGACUGGUGAGUCGCAAGAAGUUUCCUCCCAGGCUUCUUCAGCCUGAGGCACAGCUAUGUAGCCACUCUGCAUUUCCAGAAGCACUGAAGCCGGUCUGUGAGAAACCCAACGCUGAGGAGAUUCUGCAGAGGCUGGAGGCCAUUGCUCAGGACCCAAACACAUGUGAGAUCUGUGCCUACGCUGCCUGCACGGGAUGUUAGAGUGGCGUCGCUUGCCUUUCAGCCCAUGUGGGAGCCCCUCUACCUUCUAGAAGCAGCGGGUCUAACAAGCUCAUACCCCUGGCCACUGUGGGGAGGAGGCUGAGGAGACAACUACCUGGAGAAGCCUUGCCUGAGGGCUAUGUUAACCCUCAGCCAAUAAACCAAACUUCAGAACUUUGA